UUUCGCUUUCUUGAACUCUCCUCCAAACAAAUUUUCAUUUGUCCGCUACAACGCCGACUAUAUUCUUGUAAAAACGUUAUUAGAACAAAUUUUAUAAGCAUUAUUCAUUCAACUCUGCAUAAAAAUGAGUCGCAAAGAAGCCUUGUCCAAUUUCAUUCAGCAGAUCCAUGCUAGACCCGUUGUAGUCAAACUUAAUAACGGUGUUGAUUACAGAGGAGUUUUAGCAUGUCUAGAUGGUUACAUGAACAUCGCACUUGAGCAAACUGAAGAGUACGUGAAUGGACAACUCAAAAACAAGCAUGGCGACGCGUUUAUCCGUGGAAAUAACGUUUUGUACAUCAGUACACAAAAAAGGAGAAUGUAAUACUUAAUAAUAAAUCUAUGUAUAAGUUAGAAUUAAAUUUAAAUCACUAAAUACUUAUUUUGUUACUAUUUUAUUUUAUCAAUUAAUAAAUUGGUUUCUACAUAA